AUGUCUGAAGAGCCGACCUGUUACCAAGAGGCUACAACUGAGGCUUGCUGGUACGAAGCAAUGGAGGAAGAACUGGAAACUAUUAAGAUGAACAAGACCUGGACCCUAACUGAGCUCCCAUUAGGCCACAAACCUAUUGGCCUAAAGUGGGUGUACAAACUGAAAAAAGAUUCAGCGGGGAAAGUUGUUAAGUAUAAAGCAAGAUUAGUUGCUAAAGGCUAUGUACAGAGACAAGGCAUCGACUUUGAAGAGGGAAUCGAAGCUGGGAGGUUAUUCAAGGCCCUCUAUGGACUGCGGCAGGCUCCACGAGCUUGGAACAUGCGGCUGAACAGGAGUCUGGUAGAGCUCGACUUCAAAAAAUAUAUUCAAGAACAUGCAGUAUAUACAAGAGGUGAAGGAGAAGCAAGUAUACUUGUUGGAGUGUAUGUCGACGAUCUCAUCGUGACAGGAGGUAGCACAGAGAAAAUCAACAAGUUCAAACAACAAAUGAUGACAGAAUUUGAGAUGAGUGAUUUGGGUCUCUCCUACUACUUAGGGAUUGAAGUGGAGCAACAGAAGAGCCGAAUUUCACUUAGACAAUCAGCUUAUGCCAAGAAAAUUCUAUCUCAAUUCAAGAUGGCAGACUGCAAUGCCACAAAGCAUCCGAUGGAACCCAAGACACAGUUGCAUAAGGACUUGGAAGGGACUCCAGUUGACACCACGGAGUACAGGUGCAUUGUUGGUUGUCUGAGAUAUUUGCUUCACACAUGGCCGGACCUGUCAUAUUCUGUUGGAAUGGAGAGCAGAUACAUGGAGAGGCCUACAAUCAUGCAUCACAGGGUGGUCAAACAGAUUCUCAGGUAUUUAAAAGGUACAAUUUAUUUUGGGCUUGUUUACAUAAAGGGACCCCAGGAAAUUGAUAUAUUCGGCUACUCGGACAGUGAUUUAGCCGACGAUCUCGAUGGAAGGAAAAGCACAAGUGGAAUGACUUUCUAUUUUAAUGAAAGUUUGGUGUCCUGGAACUCACAGAAGCAGAAGACAGUGGCGCUUUCAUCUUGUGAGGCAGAGUUCAUGGCAGCCACAACUGCGGCCUGCCAUGCUUUGUGGUUGAGGAGCCUUGCCAGUGAAUUAACAGGUGUAAAGCCAAAACCGGUAACUUUGUUUGUUGACAACAAAUCCGCCAUAGCUCUCAUGAAGAAUCCGGGACAGAUUGUGGUGGAGUUCGUUAAUACCGGAGAACAGCGAGCCGAUGCGUUAACUAAAGCAUUGCCAGGAGUGAAGUUAGCUGCCAUGCGACAACUACUCAGCGUCCGUGAUCUACAAUCAUGUCAGGAUUAG